GAGGAGCGCGCCGACCGCGCGCCGCCUGGCCGGGCGGAAAGUUUCUCCUGACAGAGUUUUGGCGGCGGCGCCGGCGGCCGGAGCGGGCCAUGGACGCGCUCAAGUCCGCGGGGCGGGCGCUGAUCCGGAGCCCCAGCCUGGCCAAGCAGAGCUGGGGGGGCGGCGGCCGGCACCGCAAGCUGCCUGAGAACUGGACGGACACCCGGGAGACGCUGCUGGAGGGCAUGCUCUUCAGCCUCAAGUACCUGGGCAUGACACUGGUGGAGCGGCCCAAAGGCGAGGAGCUGUCAGCCGCUGCUGUCAAGAGGAUCGUGGCCACUGCCAAGGCCAGUGGGAAGAAGCUGCAGAAGGUGACUCUCAAAGUGUCACCCCGGGGCAUUAUCCUGACCGACAACCUCACCAAUCAGCUCAUUGAGAACGUGUCCAUUUACAGGAUCUCCUACUGUACAGCAGACAAGAUGCACGACAAAGUCUUCGCAUACAUUGCGCAGAGCCAGCACAGCGAGAACCUCGAGUGCCAUGCCUUCCUCUGCACCAAGCGGAAAAUGGCACAGGCUGUCACCCUCACUGUAGCCCAGGCCUUCAAAGUCGCCUUUGAGUUCUGGCAGGUGUCCAAAGAAGAGAAGGAGAAGAGGGAAAAAGCCGUCCAGGAGGGAGGGGAUGUCCCAGGGACCUGCCGCGACAUCGCCCCAUCUUUGAAGAGCUUGGUCGCCACUGGGAACCUCCUGGACUUGGAAGAGACAACCAAGGCCCCUCUGUCCACAGUCAGUGCCAACACCACUAAUGUGGACGAGGCACCACGGCCUCAACCCUUGAGCAGCAGCAGUGUUGUCUGGGAGCUGGACGAUGGCCUGGAUGAAGCGUUUUCAAGGCUGGCACAAUCGCGGACGAAUCCUCAGGUCCUGGACACUGGACUGUCAGCGCAAGACAUCCAUCAUGCCCAGAGCCUCUCGCCUCUCGACUGGGAAAAGCCUGACAGCAACGGCCCUGAGCAGGAGGACCUCUUCAGCUUCUGAGGGCCUGGGCCCAUCAGGAUUCUACCAGCCUUGACAUGUGACAGACCAAAGCCACCUGUGGCAGGGCAUCCAGCUCCAGGACCUGCUGGCCACCUCUUCCGGCCCACAGCAGCGGCAGCCUGCAGAUCAAAGCUGCGGCCAGUCAAGCAGUUGGGAGAGAGGGGAUUUUUAACCUGCUUCUUUAGAACUGAAAGAUGCCUUGAAUAUUUAUUCAGUGACUCCUGGUUCAUGCUCAGAGGCCAGUUUCCCAUCGGGCAUGUUAUAUGAGCAGUGCUGUGACUUCCUGCUCUCUCCCGAGCCAGCUCUGCUCCAGCUGUGGGUAUCAGGACAGUGACCAAAGCAUUUCAUGUCCCUAGGUUUCCCUGGGGACAUCCCCUCUCCUGGCUGAAAGUGAUGAAGCUCAGCAGCCCCCAGGCAGGACUGGGUCCUCGAGCUGGUCCUCCUCAGGUCCCCAGCAGGCCCAGGCUUGACACCUGGACCCAGGCACUCAGAGGGGCAGCCGCAGACCAAAGACAGGCCGUGGCUUGGCACUUUAUUGCACACAGAGCAGCCGUGCCUGGGGGCUCCUUGAUGGUGCUGAUAAACAGAGGUUUCUUUCCGCCCUUCCUCCUCCAGGAGGGGCCAGGAUCCCUGUGGACGGCCCCCACCAUGCUGGGACCGGUGGAACUGGCUGCCCAGACUCUGGAGUCCACUGUGACUGUGGGGACUACCUGUGUAGUCACCCCCAAGGCCUCAUCCCUGCCUUUGCCCUCCCUGGAUGAGGCUCUGCCUGCUGGUUGUCUGUGUGCGUGUCCCUGCCCCUCCACGCUGUUGGGAUGACAUGGACCCGACACCUAGGUUCAUAUAGGAGAGUUUUGAGGCCAUUUUACAGAUGAAGAAACUGAGGCCACGCCCAUGGAGGGGCUGGUGUGAGGAGUGGGACUCAGAUUUUGAUGCCAAAGCUGCUUCCUCUGCCGCCACCUCUGGCAACCUGCUCCUCCUUUUUCUCGAGCUUUAUUGUCCU